AUCUCUAAAUCGUCACCAUACCUGUCCGAUCUCUCUCUCUCUCUCUCUCUCUCUCUCUCUUCUGCAACUCGAUUUUGGAUCACCGUCGCAAGUGCAAGGAGGCUUGAAUUGAAUUUCCUCAGGUGGGGAAAAUGGAGGACGGGAAGGAGCAGGAGCGUCCGAGCGCGAAUGCUCCGGCGGAUUCCGAGAAAUCGGUGCCUUCGUCCCAGGAGGAGGAAGCAGUUAUUAAGAAAAAGUAUGGAGGAAUAAUGCCCAAAAAACCACCACUCAUUUCUAAGGACCAUGAACGUGCUUAUUUUGAUUCUGCUGAUUGGGCAUUGGGAAAGCAAGGUGGUGAGAAGCCAAAAGGCCCUCUUGAAGCUCUUCGUCCUAAGUUGCAGCCAACACAGCAGCAAACACGAUACCGAAAAUCUCCUUAUGCUCCUUCUGGUGAAGACGGUGGAAAUGCUCCAACCGAGGAAGCGACUCCCCAUGAAUGAGAGGCUGCUUGUGAGGACUGUAUCACUUGCUAUUUGACGUGUAUGCAGUGCUUCCAGCAGUAAAAAUGGGAGGGUGAUGAUUUGGUGUUAGCUAAGGAAGAAGAGAGAGAGAGAGAGAGAGAGAGAAUUGAUAUAGACUGCAUUUCUGCAUUUGAAUUUUCCUGUUUUGGCGCUUCUAGAUUUCAUGAUUGAAAACAGUUCUAUUGCGAGUUAAGGACUGAUUGACAUUGGAAAAAGAAGAAAACGGGAGAUUUAUAUUGGGAGUUUAUUAUGAGCUUCGUGCCACGUCUUGUAUGAUGAUAUUAAAAUUUCAGUCAUCUCUCUUGUUUAUUCUA